AUGAAAAAAGGACCUUUCCCUGAUCAAGCGACUCUAUGCCCGUUCUUAGAGAACGUCGACGUCCAACUCGGAAAUUGGAAAAUAUACACUCUGGAGGUUGCACCUUUCGAUCUUAACUUUCCGUCUUAUCAUAUGAUCGCCAUUCACUACCGCUUUAAGUUUAGUUCAACGCACUAA